AUGCUGAUCACUCUAGAAUGCGUUCUAUUUGCGUUGCAAGCGGUUGCUGCAGUUCGAGUUUCAUUAGAAUCACCUUUUGAAAGUACCAGUCAAUCAAGCAAUAGGCUGUCAAAACGAUCACCCGUUGAAUUGGGUGGUGACAUUAGCCGAUGUUUCCGAAUAAAACUCUAUGUUAAUGGAGUCGAUUUGGGUUUACAAGUCGAUUCAGCGAUUUCCAGUAUAGUCGUACCACUUCCUAGUUCAAGCAGCGAUGUGAGUUUGACUCCGCAACACACUCCAAGUGGAGAGCCCGUUACUAUAAAGUACAAAGGCGAUGAGUAUAAUGGGAUUACUUCCACAGCCGAUGUGACGAUUCCGGGUACUAGGAUAACUGACAUCAAUUUACCAGUAAUAGCAGUUGAAAAACAAUCGGCAGAUCUAGUUGGUAUCGAUCCAAAUCUUGAUGGAAUAUUUGGGUUUGGCUAUCCCUUGUUAUCAAAACAUCAUUCACGAAUCACUGCGAUGGAUAUUUUGUACAGCAAUAAUGUCAUUCCCAAUAACGAGAUUAGUAUUCAACUAUGUCCGUAUGAUAUGACUUCAGAUAGCUUCAUCAAUAUAGGAAACACGGAAAUAACUGCAAAAUGCGGAACGGAUGGAAAAAGUGUUGCGUGGAUACAAUCACCAACAACCGAUCAUCAUACUGUCAACAUCAAGAAUAUACUAGUCAAUGACAAACAAGUGGAUCUACCCGAGGAAUUCCAGCAAGUUGUGGAAAAUGGACGUACUUUGUAUUCAUAUCUACAAACAUGUUCUACAUAUAUGAUUUUCCCUAAAGUAGUCGUGGCUACGUUGGUUGAUGCUAUUGUUGGUAGUAAUGCGAUUAUUUUUAAAAGUAUGUUUAGUAAAAAGCUCAGCAAAAGAGAAAUUGAAAACAUAUUUUGGGAAAACCAUCCAAUGAUUGAAUCCACUUAUAAUAUCGAUUGGGAAAAGCUGUCGACCAUUACAAUUACAGUGUUUUCUCAAACCCCCGUAACUGAUGACAAUCGCAACUCCGUUGUAACAAUCAAAUUGGGUCCUAGAGACUAUAUACAGAGAUAUGAUUCUGAAGAUUGCAAAUUUGCUAUAAAAGCUGGUUCAAAUGACAAAGCAAUUCUUGGUAUUCCAUUCAUGACCCGACUUGAAUUGUCAUUUGAUCGAGCACAUAAACGCAUUGGGUUUGGUCCUGGAUGUGGAUGUGAAGUCGCAACUGAUGGAUAUCCUACUAUUUCGGACCAUUAUCGAGUGCUCUGGCCAUCAUCACAACUGCCUGAACAACCAAGUACUUCAGGCUCAGAUGGUACAUUUAUUCGCAGAAGGAAACCAACAACUACAACUAAUCAAGUAGCUGUACCUGAAAACACUCACCACACUGUCAAGAGUCGCAAACAGACUCUCAAUAAACUCGACUGA